AUGGUUCGCGUUUCUGUUUUGAACGACUGCUUGAACAAUAUUGUCAAUGCCGAGCGCAGGGGGAAGCGUCAGGUCCUCAUCCGACCUUCAUCGAAAGUCAUUGUGAAGUUCUUGAGUGUGAUGCAGCGCCACGGUUACAUCGGCGAAUUUGAGAUCGUGGAUGACCACCGUUCGGGCAAGAUCGUCAUCCAGCUAAACGGGCGGCUGAACAAAACGGGUGUCAUAUCACCUAGGUUCAACAUUCAGGUAUCGCAGAUUGAGACAUGGGUCAACUUGCUUCUCCCUUCUCGUGGGUUUGGCUACAUUAUUCUCACGACGUCGUCUGGCAUCUUGGACCACGAGGAGGCACGUCGUAAGAACGUCGGUGGCAAGAUUCUCGGCUACGUCUAUUAG